AUGGCUGUAGCCACACCUGCGCAAGCUUCACCCGAAGGCGCGCCAUGUGAAAUUGGCGCAACGUCGCAGAAUCCAGAGAAGGCUGCAAACGGUGCACCGAGGAAACCGCGCCAAAAGCGACCCAACUACCACCAGAUCCAUGCCAACCCACUUCCGCUUGAGGUCUAUCCAUUGCCCGUGUUCAUCCCACACAACCCGAUUUCACUAGUAAGGAUUGCUAUCGGCCUGAUUUCUCACUCGAUCUGGCCACCACAAUCACAUAAAUUGGUCCACCAGGCCUAUUACUCCCCAGAAACCCAGUCCAUCCACAUUACAGACACUGCCUCUAUCCGCGCCUUGUGGGAACAGGGCUUUUGGGGGAAAGGCUCUCUUAGUCGAAGCGAACCGCAAUGGCUGGUUGCUGAAAAGCGCCGUCAGGGUGCGGAAGCUUCAAAGACUAGCGCCGAAGUCACGCAGUCCCGGCGAGAAGAGCGCAAGCAGUUCAAGCUGGAGCGAGCGAAAGCUCAACGUGAGGCGAUUGAGCAGCAACUGCGACAGGAGGGGAAAUUGGACGCAGAUGGCAGCCUUGAUGAGUUGGUUGAGAACGGUCAAGUGUCCGAAUCUCCUCGAGGAACUAUCUACACGCCCAAUGCUGGAGAUGUCGUGACCGUGACAGGUGACUCGAUCGUAUUCGAAGUUGAUAAGAGUCUUGCCAACACCGAGGAAGCAUUGUCAUGGGGCGCAAAUGGCGUUGACGCCGUUCAGGGAACUGAAGUCCAGGAUCUGGAGCACCUUCAACUUUCCCCGGAGGAAGCUUUUUUCCUCACAUACGUUCUCGGCGUCUUGGACAUAAUCAAAGACGGCGACCUUGAUGUAAAGGAAGCUUUGAACCCAUACCCGGCUUGGUAUUUGAUGCGACUGUAUUGCGCUCAUGCAUCUUCUCCGGUACAACAGGAUAAGAUUUCCGAUCUGCAUAUGGCUUACCAACUACGCGAGGGCCUACAGCAAGUCUGCCCCGUCAAGUCAUGCCCUCCAACCAUGGAGCCCGACAACCCCUUUCUGCUGAAGUACGUUGUGUACCACCACUUCCGCUCUCUAGGCUGGGUUGUCCGUCCUGGUGUCAAGUUUGCUGUUGAUUAUCUCCUCUACAUCCGCGGGCCGGCUUUCACUCAUGCUGAGUUUGCCAUUAUGAUCAUUCCUUCAUACUCUAACUCGUGGUGGGAGGACAACCCAGAAAACUUGACUCAUAUGAAGGAGAAGGAGAAGGAGUAUAGGGAUUGGUGGUGGUUCCAUCGGGUCAAUCGCGUGCAGACCCAGGUCAUGAAGACGUUGAUUCUCGUCUACGUAGAGGUGCCUCCGCCGUGGGAUGGUGUUGGUAGGGGAGAUGACUUGAAAUUCGAUGUUGGAGCAGUGCUGAAGCAGUACUCGGUGAGAGAGUUUGUCUUCAAGAGGUGGAGUCCGAGUCGGAAUCGAGAUUGA